UAAAAAAAUACUCAUAACAUAUAAACUUGUAGUUUGUACUCAAGCAAGCUUAGAUGAAGGCAGGCUGUGGCACAAUGAAGGUGUUGUUUAUCCUGCCACUCCUGUUGGUGGGCCUGUGUGGCACCCAGGCUGCGGAUGAGGAGAGUCUGGAGUGCCCAUAUCCAGAGGGUCAAGAUGUGAACUCAGAAAGUGAGUGCGCUCGAUAUUCAUCAUGUAUCUGGACGGGAAGCGACUGUCACAUGCAGGUCAAUGGCGUGGCAGGAUACAUGACUCUCGAUGCCCCCACAGACACCUCCAGGGGCUUUAAGGUCCAGUUACAGAAAGCCGACUCAAUGGUGACUAUGUUUGAUGGAGAUGUUCAGCAGUUGACCUUUGAAGUCAUUUACCAUGAAGAGUACCAUGUGCAGGUUAAGAUAUAUGAUUCAGCCAAUGCGAGGUAUGAGGUGCUAGUGCCUCUGAACCUCCCUGCUGCUCCUGAUGCCACUCAGCAGUACACAGUGGAGGUCAGCGACCCAGACACCCCCUUCGCCUUCAGUAUCAAGAGAGCAGAUGACCCAGAUGGACAGCCUCUGUUCCAGACAGUGGGGCCAGUAACCUUUGAGGACCAGUUCAUUCAGAUCACUACAGAACUUGCCUCCAGCUACUUGUAUGGCUUUGGUGAAAACACUCACCCUACGUUCAAACACACCUUCUCUCCUCGGAUGACUUACCCAAUCUUUGCCAAGGAUCAGCCUGUUGGAGAGGGGGACAUGGCAGAGUAUGGUGUCCAUCCUUACUAUGUUGUCGUUGAUCCUGUCUCUGGUACUACUCAUUCUGUUCUCUUCUUCAACUCCAAUGCCCAAGAGUACUCCACCUUCUACCUUACUGGUAACCGACCCGCUGUGACCUUGCGUACCAUUGGCGGCAUCAUUGACCUGCACUUCUUCCUCGGACCCACCCUGGAAGAUGUCAACAAGCAGUAUACUCAGAUGGUUGGACUGCCUGCUUUCCCUCCUUACUGGUCUCUGGGUUUCCACCUCUCCCGCUAUGGCUACCAGAACUCGGAUGAGGUGCGGGAAGUCAGGAUGAGGAUGCAGGCCGCAGGCAUUCCACAGGAUGUUCAGACCCUUGACAUUGAUUAUAUGCUGAGGUUCCGUGACUUCACCAUUGAUCCAGAUGCUUGGGGUGACCUUCCUGAGCUUGCCCAGGAGCUGCACAAUGAAGAUAUUAAGCUCACUCUUAUCCUGGACCCUGCAGUGGUGAUUGACUGGGACAACUACCCCCCGGGCCAGCGAGGUAAAGAUGCUGAUGCCUUUGUUAAAUGGAGCUCCUCUUUGUAUAUCCCUGAUGACCAAGACCCCACCUGUCAAGACUAUGUGGUUGGCUACGUUUGGCCAGACACCAAGACCGUGUUUCCUGACUUUUUCAAGCCUUCUACACAGGACUGGUGGAAGGAGGAGCUUCGCAUACUACAUGAAACUGCUAGUUAUGAUGCCAUUUGGAUUGACAUGAAUGAACCUGCCAACUUUGGUACCAACUUGGAUAAACCGUGGAACUGGCCUGAAGGAGAGCCUGACUGGAGCCUCAAAUGCCCCUACACUGACCGGGAUAGUCCACCGUACCCCACUAAGCUCAUCCGAGUGGGUGACAACGAGAGCAAGAGAAUCAGUGACCACUCAAUCUGCAUGGAGGGGAUUCAUACUGAUGGUAACAACACAUUCUAUCACUAUGAUGUCCACUCCCUCUAUGGCUGGAGUGAGACCGUCAUCACCUUCAGGGGCCUGCAAGAACUGUUCCCCGGCACCCGUCCUGUGGUGCUCUCUCGCUCAACGUACCCAGGCUCAGGCAAGUAUGCUGUCCACUGGCUGGGCGACAACACAUCAGCAUGGAGCCACCUCAAGAUGUCUAUAAUUGGAAUGCUUGAGUUCAAUUUGUUUGGCCUCCCCAUGGUUGGAGCAGAUAUAUGUGGGUUCUUUGGGGACACAACCGUGGAAAUGUGUGCCAGAUGGAUGCAGCUGGGGGCUUUCUACCCCUUCAGCCGUAACCACAAUGCCAUAGACCAGGUUGAUCAGGACCCUGGAGCAUGGCCCGAGGUGGCUGAGAUAUCUCGCCAUGUCCUCACCCUGCGCUACAAGUACCUGCCUUACCUGUACACUCUCUUCCAUGAGGCCCAUAUGUCUGGCAACUCUGUGGUGCGGCCGUUGUUCAGCAACCAUCCAACAGAUCUGAUUGCCCUUGAAGUUGAUGACCAGUUCCUGUGGGGCUGGGACAUGAUGGUGGCCCCCGUCCACACUGAGGGGGCGACCUCCAGGAAUGUUUACUUCCCUGAGGACCUGUGGUAUGACCUCGAGACUGGGACACUUGCAGCAACAGGCCCCUCCAGCCAGAAUGUGGAGGCCCCCCUUGAGAAGAUUCCUGUGUAUGUGCGAGGUGGUGCCAUCUUGCCUUUCCAAGAGCCAGCCAUAAGCACCACCCAAAGUCGUCAGAAUCCUUUUGGCCUCACCAUCGCACUGGAUGCUUCUGGUUCUGCCACUGGAGAACUUUUCUGGGAUGAUGGAGAGCUGGAGCACGUCAUGUCAGAAACAUACCUUGCUGACAUUACCUUUUCCAGUAAUGUGUUGACUCUGACGGUAACAGGGAACCCAGAUGCUGCCUCUGGCCUCACCAUGGGCACACUUGAGUUUUAUGGCUACCCAAGCGACCCUACAGGCAUUGAGGUGAAUGGCACCCCUCUUGACCCCUCCCAAUGGAGCUUUGAUGCUGCCACCUCUGUGCUGGUUGUGACAGUGUCUGCUCCCAUCAGCGAGGACAUCAUAGUCACUUUGACUUAACCUGACGGCUUUACUGGAACCUUGAUGUUGAGAUUUCUGUAUGUGGUUGUCACAACUGCCCCUUUCACUUAGAUUGCAAUCAUAUUGAGUAAAACUAAAAAGGUUUUGUUUCUUGCAAAAAAUAUAUUACAUCUUUAAACA